AUGGAAACACAGCCGUCUAAUCUUACACUCUACUUCUCUUUUAUUUUCAACCGACGCAUCUCAAGCCCCGUCAAAGCAGCCCACUUUGAAUCCCACCUCACUAAGCUACAGGCAGACUCCAACUAUCUUCUGUCAGAAGAGUUUGAGGAUCUGAAGGAUGUGGGUCGUAACCAGCCUCUGGAUGCAGCCCGUCUACCAGAGAACAGGGGCAAGAACCGUUACAACAACAUCCUGCCCUAUGAUUCCACCAGAGUGAAGCUCUCCUACCUGGAGGAUGACCCCUGUUCUGACUUCAUCAAUGCCAGUUAUAUACCAGGGAACAACUUCCGCCGCGAGUACAUCGCCACCCAAGGCCCUCUCCCCGGAACCAAGGAUGACUUCUGGAGGAUGGUGGGGAGCACAACGUAUACAACGCCCGUCAUGGUGACGCAGUGUGUCGAGAAGGGAAGGGUGAAGUGUGACCACUACUGGCCGGCUGACCGGGAGCCUCUGUACUAUGGAGACCUGGUGGUUCAAAUGCUGUCUGAGUCUGUCCUGGCUGAAUGGACAAUCAGGGAGUUCAAGAUCAGCUCUGAAGGUCGCCCCAGCUUCCCUCGGGUGGUGAGACACUUCCACUACACGGUGUGGCCAGACCACGGGGUCCCCGAGACCACCCAGUCCCUCAUCGAGUUCGUACGGACCGUCAGGGACUACAUCGACAGGGCCCCCAGCACUGGAGCCACCGUUGUUCACUGCAGUGCUGGAGUGGGUCGUACAGGGACGUUCGUGGUUCUGGACCGGGUCCUUCAACAGCUGGACAGCAUAGGAACAGUGGACGUCUACGGCUGUGUGUUUGACCUCCGACUGCACCGCUCUCACAUGGUGCAAACAGAGUACCAGUACUCCUUCCUCCACCAGUGUGUUCGAGAUGUCCUGAGAGCCAGGAAGCUCCGUAGUGAGCAGGAGAACCCUCUCUACCCCAUCUAUGAGAAUUUCAACCCAGACUACUACCGUGAUUUUGUGUACACGGGACGCUAACUAACGACAGUCUGGGUUCCUCUCCACACAACUGAGUGAGAAGGAAAACCAGGGAAGAAUCUGUUCAAUACCACCAGACAGCCAUUAUUCUGUCACAAAUAAAGCACUAUAGAGUGUGGG